UUUUUUGUUGUUAUUGAAAUCUCUCAGCCAUGUGACAAAAUAAUAAAACAAUGUUUCCGGGUCUCGCCGCACAACUAACUGAGUAAAUUGAUAAUCUUCCAAUCUAGUUUUUUAGUUUUUUUCGUGUGAUGGAUUAGGCAGGUUCCAUUGACUGAAGACACCAAUAGGUUGUGCAUGCGCAGCAUUUGACUGCUUUUGGACACUGACGCCGCGGUAUGGUUCGCAACAAGUACAUUCCUUGAUGCCUUGGUCCGCAAAUGUUGCGGAAUGGCACUGUCUCAGUGCGUAAUGAUGAUGAUGGGUGAUUGGCCAAUGUUUCAGAGGGAACCCCGACAAUUCGGAAUGACCGUUUACACUCUGCAUUGACUGCUGCUGUCAACAAACACAGAUACAGUCCGUGGUGUUGCAGGCUAUAGUGGAGGAUGGCCAAACUGUUCCGAGCUGUGAUCAUGGGUCCACCAGGCUCGGGAAAGGGGACCAUAUCCGAGAGAAUUGCUCAAAGUUUUGGCCUGGCACGUCUGUCCAGUGGCGACUUUGUUCGGGAGAAUAUAGCUGCGAAUACAGACGCUGGUGUUCUGGCUAAGACCUACAUAGAGAGGGGUCUGCUGGUGCCGGACCAUGUGAUGACCCGGCUCCUACUUCCCAGGCUGGAGGAGAUGACCCGCCACAGCUGGCUGAUGGAUGGGUUUCCCCGUACCCUGGCCCAGGCCAAGGCUCUGAACAGUACCUGUGACCUGGACCUGGUCAUCAGCCUCAACAUUCCCUAUGAGACCCUGAAGGAGAGGCUGAGUGAUCGCUGGAUCCACCCAGCCAGCGGCAGGGUCUACAACAUGGGCUUCAACCCUCCACACGUACAAGGCAGGGAUGACAUCAGCGGGGAGCCUUUGAUCCAGCAUGAUGAUGACAAACCAGAGGCUCUAGUGGCCAGACUGAGGCACUACAAGGACGUGGCCAAGCCCAUCAUAGACCUGUAUAAGUCAAAGGGCAUCCUGCACACUUUCUCAGGCACAGAGACAGACAGGAUCUGGCCUUACAUCAACUCUCUCCUCAGCACCAAGAUCCCCAGCACAUCACAGACAGACACACAACGCAUCCCAAUGCCCUGAGGAGAGCAGAGGUGACGCAUCAGAAGGAAAGGCCUUGCACCAGGGGAUACUAAUGUUAGUUAGUGAAGACAUUGGUUGAGUACAUGGCUGCAAGACAAGACUACCGCUAGAUGUUAGGAGCCAUUAGCUUGGCAGUUAUCUCAGUCUCAAAACAUGUUUGAAAAUACAGUCUUAUGCACUACAUACAUCAGUGGUGCAUAGCUUCGGUCCUCAAGGGUUGCAGUGUAUGAAGGUUUUCUUCCUUACCGUUUAACCCUGAGACUGAUUUCCAUUUCCCAGAUUGUAAGUUUAAAGUCCCAGGGAGAAACGGAAAUCAGCAGGACUGCAGAACAUGAGGGCCUAGGUUGUGCAACUCUAAAUAUGCCUUCCAAAGACUGUAAAACGAGCUUGAUACUUCUAUAGCACCCAAUGUGUACAGAACUGUUGGUUUCUGUAUAUCUGAUUUAUCUUUCAUUUCGACUGAAAUGAAUAUUGUGGACAUUUUCUUAUAAACAGCACACUCUAUAAUUUGGCUUAAUUUUAAGUUCUAUCAGAUGAAGAGUUUCAUCUUUAUCAAAAGAUUUUGGAUUACAUAAAUGUGUUUUUCUUUUGUUUAAUUUGAAACAGUUUUUGUUGACUUUAGUUAGACCAAAUGUAACCUUCUCCCUAGUCUAUUGAAGUUUAGUCCGCAGGACUAGACCAAAUAAAAAACGAUGAUAAUGAAUGGGUCUAUAAUUGUGUUAAAAAGGACCAAAGAUUUGAAUGUGGCCAAAGAUAAAUGGUAGAAUUAUAUUCAAAGAGCCAGAGGCCUUAAUAUUUCUAAUGACUUGUUGAAAAGUUUGUGAGUGUUUUAACCAGUUGAAAGUGUAAUGCAUCUGAAUUGCUGUAUAAGAAAAGGGAUGGGUGGGGUUAGUGGUUGGACAGUGUUUGUGGGAGGGUGUGUCUUGUUUCUGUAUCCCUUUUAGAUUUCAGUAACACAAUAUGCAAAUAGUCACUGCUGUAAACUGUAAUUGGCCCAGAAUAUAUAUGGCAAGCCCAUUGUGGUGAACGAGUGGUUAGGAAAGCUUUUCAUACGCUCUGUUGUGCAACACUGAAUGUUUUCUGUCCAUAAAUCAUCUGGCUGUCCAAAAUCUGGCAUAUUCCAAGAAAAAUACAAUGACUUUCUCAGAAUUUC